UGACCUGAGCAACUCACCGUUGAAUGGCAGAAUUCCCAGGGAGAUUGGCAACCUCACCACCCUCACUCUCCUGAACCUCGCGAACUGCUCUCUAAGUGGCUCCAUCCCAAUCACAUUCAGUGCCCUCACCUCCCUCUCUCUCCUCGAUUUGAGUCACAACAGCCUAUGGGGCACCACACCGUCGUUUCUCAGCCUGCUGUCGCAGCUGAGGCGCCUGGACCUAAGCGACAGCACCUUGCACGGAUCCAUCCCAGGUGGCCUUUGGGUGCUCCCCGAGCUGCAACACCU